AUACCACGGAGAAUGGCGGUCACACAUGCUGAUCUUGAACCAAACCGACGAAAAAGAUAUUUGAGCAGCAAAACCGGUACCUUCUUUAUGGUUCUUGCCAUUCUAUUAGGCCUCUUCUGCUUCAUUCUGUGUCUCAUAGCAGAAGCCACGCGUUCUAAGGUGACAUCAUGGUCGAACAUAACAGAGAAUAAAGAGGGAAGCAAAUCUGAAUGUGCAUACAGUGGUAGUGGGAAGAUGCCAUUGCUAUGUGCUGCUUGUGCUGUUAUUGGACUAGCAAUUGUCAUGGUCGUGGUGCAUGCUUGUAUGUUGAUCGUAGUUAGUAAAUUAACACCUGAUUUACUUAUCCUGGAUCCUGAUUCUGCCUCUGUCAAAUCCUUAACAUGGCAAGCUGGGUUUUUCUUUGUUACAACUUGGGUUUGUUUUGCAGUUGGGGAGAUUUUAUUGUUGGCGGGAGUGACUGUAGAAUCAGGGCAUUUGAAGAAUUGGUCAAAGCCUAGACCAAGUUGCCUUAUCAUCAAAGAAGGGUUAUUCUCUGCAGCAGGGGUGUUUGUUUUAACCACAGUUUUCUUAGGUUUUGGUUUAUACCUAACAGCAUUAGGUGCGUUAAGAAUGUCACGUGAGCUAGAAAAUGUUGCACGGGAGGUUCAUCAGAUACCAAGAGCACCUCAAAUGCUUGCCAGGGAGAACCCUACAACCAGAGAGUCUCUAGUAUCCGUAUUUCCGACUCCUUUCAAUAAAAGCUACAACUUUGUGUAA